UUUGGAUUCCUUUCCCUACCUAGCAUAUAUAUGUAUGUAUUUAUAUACACCAGCUAGCCCAAGCUCACCAGCCUACCACCAACCCUGCUGUGAGGUGACUUCUUGUUUCUUUAACAUAUAUCCCGCCAGAGAUUUGCAAUAUUGGCUCAAAUGUAUCUUGUUUGUAAAGGCCAUAGCUGAAAGUUAAGAAGCUGUCGUCCCAGCUGAUGAGAUGGUCUGGUGGAUAUAUUUGGUUGCUGCAGUAGUGUUGGUCGUCAGCAGAGAAGGCUGCCGCGUUGAGGGAGAAGAUGUUGUCACGUAUGAUGGAAGAUCUUUAAUCAUUAAUGGCCAAAGGAAAAUUCUCUUCUCUGGUUCCAUUCACUAUCCUCGCAGCACUCCUCAGAUGUGGCCAGCUUUGAUAGCCAAAGCAAAAGGAGGAGGAGUUGAUGUGAUUCAAACUUACGUGUUUUGGAAUUUGCAUGAACUUCAACCCGGUCAGUAUGACUUUAGUGGAAGAUAUGAUUUGGUUAAAUUCAUGAAAGAAAUCCAAGCACAAGGGCUCUAUGCUUGCCUUAGGAUUGGGCCUUACAUUGAGAGUGAAUGGACUUAUGGGGGAUUUCCAUUUUGGUUGCAUGAUGUCCCUGGCAUCGUGUAUCGAACAGACAACGAACCUUUUAAGUACUACAUGCAAAACUUUACUGCAAAAAUAGUGAACUUGAUGAAGUCAGAGGGUUUAUAUGCUUCGCAAGGGGGCCCAAUAAUACUAUCACAGAUUGAGAAUGAAUAUCAAAACAUUGAAGCAGCUUUUCAUGAAAAGGGAGCUGCUUAUGUUCGAUGGGCAGCAAAAAUGGCAGUCGACCUUGGAACUGGCGUGCCAUGGAUAAUGUGCAAGCAAACUGAUGCUCCUGAUCCAGUGAUUAAUACAUGCAAUGGUAUGAGAUGUGGAGAAACUUUUGGAGGGCCCAACUCACCAAACAAGCCAUCCAUGUGGACAGAAAACUGGACAUCUUUCUAUCAAGUAUAUGGAGGAGAGCCAUACAUAAGAUCAGCUCAAGAUAUUGCAUUUCAUGUUGCACUUUUCAUAGCAAAAAGGGGAAGUUACAUAAAUUACUACAUGUACCAUGGUGGAACGAAUUUUGGGAGGACGGCAUCUGCUUACGUGAUCACGAGUUACUACGAUCAAGCUCCUCUUGAUGAAUAUGGUUUGCUAAGACAACCAAAAUGGGGUCAUCCUAAGGAAUUGCAUGCUGCAAUAAAGAAUUGCUCUACCCCUUUACUGGAGGGAGUGCAAACCAAUUUCUCCAUAGGUCAAUUUCAACAGGCUUAUGUUUUUGAAGAAGGAAGUGGAGGCUGUGUUGCAUUUCUUGUGAACAAUGAUUCAACGAACAAUGCUACUUUGCAAUUCCGGAACAAUUCGUUUGAAUUGUUGCCAAAGUCCAUAAGCAUUCUACCAGACUGUCAGAAUAUAAUUUUCAACACUGCAAAGGUAAACACACAGCCGAAUGAGAGAAUUAUGACGCCAAGCAAAAUGUUUGAUGCAGUUGAUAGCUGGGAAGAAUUCAGAGAUGUCAUCCCAAACUUCUUGGAUACCUCACUGCAAGCAAAUUCAUUGUUAGAGCACAUGAAUACAACCAAAGAUGGAUCUGAUUACCUUUGGUAUACUCUCAGCUUUCAACCCAAUUCAUCUUGCACUGAACCUGUGCUUCACAUUGAGUCCCAGGGACAUGUUGUGCAUUCCUACAUCAACAACAAAUUUGUAGAAGCUGGACAUGGGAGCCAUAAUAUUAAAGGCUUUACUAUGGAUAUUCCAGUUGACCUAAUUGAUGGUAUGAACAAUGUAUCAAUACUCAGUGUUAUGGUUGGAUUACCGGAUUCAGGACCUUUCCUGGAGAGCAGAUUUGCUGGAUUGACAAAAGUGGAAAUUGAAUGCAAUGAAACAGAGUUAUAUGAUUUUACCAAUUAUACAUGGGGAUAUCAGGUUGGUUUGCUAGGGGAGAAGUUACAGGUGUAUAAAGAAGAAAAUUUAGAUGAAGUGGAGUGGAGUGGUGAGAUUGAUCAUUCUGCCAAUCAGUCACUCACUUGGUACAAGACUGUUUUUGAUGCACCUACUGGAGAUGAUCCCAUUGCCUUAAACCUAAGCACAAUGGGAAAAGGAGAAGUUUGGGUGAAUGGACAAAGUAUUGGUCGCUAUUGGGUUUCAUUCCAUACUUCCGAAGGAGUUCCCUCACAAACUUUGUACCAUGUGCCUCGAGCAUUUCUCAAACCUUCUGGAAAUCUAUUAAUUGUACUUGAAGAGUUGAAUGGAGAUCCUCUUCAUAUCUCAUUACACACCAUCUCAGUUGCUGAUUUUGAUUCACAAACUCCUUACAAUCACCUCCCUCGAUAAUAUAUAUAACCUUGUUAAUGUGUAUGCAGUCACCAUGUUGGUUAACAUAUAAACCACUUAUCUAUAAGUCAUUUCCAGCGUCUAAAAUUCUUUGUUCCGUAUAGAAAUAAUUGCAGCUUUAGUGCUGAAUUUAUUACCAAGUGUUCAAUUUGGUACAUAAACAUACAAAAAAAAAAAUGACAGAUACAACGUAGUACUCUAACUUUGGUUUUGUCUAAUAGAAUACUGUAAAAGCCCAUUCGGUAGUCUGAGACGUUGGCCCAUACAUGCUCUGAGCAAUCGCAUGAUUCGGCCACUGACAGUCUGGCACCCAUAGCCACAAGCCAAUGUCGGACCCUAAGGUUCGGUGGGGUACCCGCAGAGCCAUUCAAUUUGUCUUUUCGGAAUAACCAAUGGCAAUCUAUGCUUGCAGUUGGCAGCUCAUCAAAUCUGUCCUCUUCAGUAUUCAAAGAAUUUGGAAUGCCGUAUUUGUUCUUCCUCAGAAGGAUUUCAAGAAACUGGUUCAGCUUUUCUUGGAAAGAAUAGAUUGGGUCUGCAAGAGGGCCCCCAGUUCAAAGCGACUCGAUCUGCCUUCCCAAAUCGGAAGGAGUAUACGAAGAAUCAAAAAUCCUAUUAAUUGGAAGACUGCAAGCACGUUCAAGCGUAUUUGGGCUGUUUUAACUAGGUCUGGCCCCCUUUGGGAGGCCUGGAUCCAAGUUUAAUUGCUAAACAAUUAUUCGUGAAUUUUUUUAAUUUAUCAAAUAAAUAUCAUUUGUGAGUAA